AAUGACUCAAAUUUCAAUUCCACUUUCCCCUAAUCUAAAAACGAAUUUCUCGCAGAUGUGAAUGGAGAAACCACGUAAUCUAUGUCUGCGCUCCCUCUGCUUCUUCUUCAUCGUAAUCUCCGCUUCAUCUUCAUCUCCUGCACUUCGCGGAAUUCAUCCCCUCGACGCCAAAUACUUCGAUUCAGAGGUGAUCCAAUGCAAGGAUGGUUCCAAUUCCUUUACCAAACACCGUCUCAACGACGACUUCUGUGAUUGCGUUGACGGCACUGAUGAGCCUGGUACCUCGGCAUGUCCUGAGGGUAAGUUCUAUUGUAGGAAUUUUGGAAGUCAGCCAAGCUUUUUGUUUUCAUCUCGCGUCAAUGACCAUAUUUGUGAUUGCUGUGAUGGGAGUGAUGAAUUUGAAGGUGUGGUUCAUUGCCCCAAUACAUGUAUCAUGGGAGGUAGUAUCGAAUACAAUACUGAAUUACACCGGACUUCUAAUACUGUUCAGGAAAAAGAAACCACAUCAAAUGGAAGAUUGGACAUGAUUCAGAAUCCAAAAGAUUUGAAGGUUUUGGCAUUCCUACAGUUAAUCGUCGUUUUUGUGUGGGGUUUGUGGCUCUUCUAUCGGCGUGCCAAGUCAAGAAAACGAUGAUCUUAUGUGUGAUCAACUAUUGCUUUAUUAAGGUUGUGAUAAAGAUAUUACCCUCUAAUGAGCCAUUUUACCAAUAUCUGGCAUGUGUAUGAAUCUGUUGUCUGAUCUAGGUCGUGAUAAAGAAAGGCACUUGCACCAGUUUGUAAUAUAGGUGAUGAAAACGUUGUCAAAUUUGUACAUGAACCUGGAUGGUACUGAGAUAUGAUAUGUCUUUGGAGAA